AAAAAAAUUAGACGGGUAUUUUCCUUGAAGAUGAGUACAGACACAUCUAAAGGUGAAGAGUUUGCCGAAAAUGCGAAAACGCCUGGCACAAAUUUAAAUUCAACAAUAGAAAGUAGACCAAACGAAGAUAUCAAAACAAAACAAGAAAACAUUUCAAAAUUACCAGUUCAAAUGAGCGACCAGGAAAAUAGACCUGUUCCAAAAUCAGUAAGAAGUCCUGAAGAUAUGCCUAGUUUUCCUAACUACGGUUCGCUAGAGUAUUUUCCGCCCCCAAUAAAAGAAGCCUUGAGAAGUUACUUAGAAAAAAUGUACUCGUCUGUAUAUACUGCACAAGACGAGACAUCUAUUCCUUCGGGGCUAUCCCACGACGUAGCACCUCACCCACGUUACGGCCUAAAUGGCAUGCCAGGCCAUGCGGGUUACGGCGUUGGUUUACCGUUUGAUCUGUCGCAUUAUUACCCCCCUAUUCUACGAAGUGGUGAUCGUCAACAAUUUGGGGCGCAGCGCUUGGAUGUCCACCAUUUUGCAAGAAACAAUCCCGACGAAAAAGUUACAAAAAGUGUUUCUAAGCCUGUUAAACAAGAAACACCCGAAGAUGUGCCUAAAUUUGAUGCUCCGGCUUCACCAACACGGAUAGUGGGAGCAACGACACCAUCUGAAGAAAUGGGGCAAUCGUCGAUUAUAACUCCCAUUGCUUCUGAACCUACAGAACAUCCGACUAGAUCUACAAGCCACAACUAUGUAAGCACUGAUACUGUGUCACCAUUCACACUCGCAGCAAGCCAAGGAAGUCUACAUGCUUUCAAAGAAGAUUCUUAUCUCCCAUUUGCGUUUUCAAUGGAGAAGAAAAACAAAGAUUUUGAAUUGCCACCAACAAAGUCGCCCGAGAAACCAAAGGAACAAAUAAAAACUGCAACUAAACGACCAUCUCAAGACGUGAUUGGAAACGACAGUAAGAAAAUAGCAAAAGAGGUGCUAUCGUUUUCGCCGCCAAAGCAUGCGAGUGUAAGUCCCCCUAAAUCACUCAGUGCUUUGCCACAAAGACCUUUAGAAAACGACUUGCUCAUGGCAAUGAUGAUGAGUCAACAAAGCCAACUCCCGUCCACGGCUACCAACGAUGCGUCUGCAAUCAUGGCUCAAUUGUACUCUACAUGUUCCGAGGUUGCGAAAGACAAUUACUUCAAUUGGAUGCUGCCUUCCGCAAUGCUGAUGCUACAGCAGAAAAGAGCAGCAAUGAGACCGAGUACUCCGGAGGAAAAAUAUCUUGAUAACGGUCCCAGUGACGAUGACGACGACGAAGAGUUACUGCUUGAUCCGCAACAUCCAAAAGAUGGCAUCUACAAUGAAGAAGUCAACAACAUUAUCGGCAAUCUUAAAAAAGACUCCGCGGGUAACAAAAAUCCAGGGCAAGGGACGAAUCAUUCAUCUAUGUUGAAAAGUGAGUUCUUCGGAAGCUCUUUCGACUCCCAUCCGGCACUUGAAAGCUUCCGAUCUGAUGCGGAUGCACAGAAGAGGACGGAAGACAUGUUGGAAGCUUACCGUAAAAGUUUUGCGGAACACCGACCAGAACAGCAAGAAAAGGGAAUUUGGGGUGAGGAAACCAACCGUUCAUAUCGCCAACCCUCGAACGAAGAUCAAAGCGUUUCGCCUCCGAGUAUUUCACCAACUCAAUGUUCUGACUCUGACCUGAAGAAAAAACUUCGUCGCAACCGCACAACGUUUACCACGUUCCAACUACAUGAGUUGGAGCGAGCGUUUGAACGAUCUCACUACCCGGAUGUUUACAGCAGAGAAGAGUUGGCAGGAAAAAUUAAUCUACCAGAAGUUCGGGUUCAGGUUUGGUUUCAAAACCGGCGGGCAAAAUGGCGACGUCAAGAAAAGAUUGAAUCUGGAAACCAUGAACGGGAAAUAAGGAAUUAUAACCAAGCCACAGCAUUGAGUGCGACUGUAUCUACUAAGCCCAACAACGUUCAACGCAAUAAUCCUUCACACCAACUCGAUCAGCUUAUCGCAAGUCAAUCAUCUCCAGCGCGCCACCUACUGCCGACACCUUCUUCUAGUUUCGGCCACACAUUGGCAGCAUCGAGCCAAGCGUCGAGUGCGUUUUCAAUUCCAUUUUUAUCCGGAAUGCUAACGGGCGGACGGGAUCCAGUUUCGUCAUUAGAUUCUAGUAAAACGACUUCUCCAUCCUCGGCCGCUAAAUUAUCCAGCGACAUGGCUCUGUACAGUAGGUAUGCAAGCCAAAUGGGGGCGCUACAGCAGUUUUCUACUCCCCCUUUUCAUUUGCCCUUGCACCUUCUGGGGGCUAGUCAGGCUAGGGACUUUCCUCGACCCAAUACGGCAAAUGAAAAAGAGAGCAACCAAUCGAAUCCAGAUCGUAGUCCGUCCGAAAAAUCCUUCAAAAGAGAAACAGCUGAAGAAUUUCGAUUCUCUCCGAAGUUUACCGAAACAACCGAAAAAGUUCCAGUUUUGAGUCAGCAGUAAACAAAACCCUGAAUUUAAUGUCGUAGUUUGUUGUCGCUUUUUUCUUUAUCGGGCAUUUAAUUAUCAUUGUGUGAUACGCAGUAUUAACUUCGUGCUUAUAUAGUUAUGUUGUGCCGAUGCCAUCGCAUUGUGAGUUAUCGUGUAAAAUACAAUAGUUCAUUUGUAA